UCCAUUCCGAUCAAUCUUCAGUCUCCAAGCCUCGUCUCAUCUGUGCGUAUGAGCUUGAAUUACAAAGCAGAGUCUAUCCAGAAGUCUCUCUCCUUCAAAAAGAACGUCGGCCCCUCAGCUUUCCAGCCCGAGGCAGUAAUCAAUCACAUGCGCGAGAGCACUCGAAUGGGAAAAGCCGAACAACUAUGAAUGCCUCAGGAAGCCACAGAACAGAUCAAGAAGGUUUCAGUGUAGGUUGACGUUUCAGCUAGGUCAAGCUUGAUUC